UGAACAGCCGAUGGAAUAAUUGUAGCUAUUCCCUAGGAAUUUCAACUCUGAGAUGGCCAUGCAAAUAGCCAAAUUGCAUGUGGAAAAAGAAUAUGCCGUUGUGGGCAGCUGGGAGGAUACAAACAUAACAUUGGCCGUGCUCGAGGCAUAUAUACCGCGCUUCUUUGCCGAUGCCACAAAUCAGUAUUAUUCGCAUCGGGAGAAAUUUAUGAUAAAUGCCACGCCGCACGACAAUCACCUAGACGAGGAUGUGGAGGCCUAUCUGAAGCAACAGUUCGCCUACGAAAUUGAGUUGUACAACUUUUGCAAGCAGCGUCUCUAUAAGCAGUAUAUAGCCAUCAGGAAUAAGACAAAAUAUUAGUAAUAACAAUUCGCAGCCAAUACAGGAGUAUUUUAGGGUGGUUUAUGAAAUGUGCGGUAUGAGCGGCUCUUUUGCACGAACCCGAUUUCCCCAUAUGAAACCAACAUUAAGUAUUUAUAAUUAAAACAACAAUGCUGCAAAGCACUUUUGACAAUUUGAA